AUGGCUUCCAACACCAUGUCUUCCCCAUCAGCCGAGUCAUCUCUUUCUUUGCCUUCCGAAGACGGUACUAAGUACUCUCAGAUUCUCUUCUUCCAAAUUCAAAAUCCAAAUCAGUUCGUGUAUAACACCAUGAUAAGGGGAUUUUCCCAUAGUAAAUGCCCUGAAAAAGCACUUGGCUUCUACUCCUACAUGCUCCACCAAGUAAACCGAUCUCCAAACUACUUCACUUACCCAUUUUUACUCAACUCGUGUGCAAGACUAUCGACCCUUAAACCAGGUGUUCAAGUUCAUGGUCAUGUGAUAAAAUUUGGGUUUGAAUUGGAUCCUUUUGUUGGGAAUGCUUUGAUGCUUUUUUACUUGGUUUUCAGACAUUUGAAUGAUGCUCAGAUCGUGUUUGAAGAAAGUCUUGUUAGAGACCUUGUUUCUUAUAAUACUAUGAUAAAUGGGUACAGUUCGGUGGGCCAACCAGGGGGUGCUCUGCAUCUAUUCAGAAAAAUGCAAGAUUCGGGUAUUCUGCCUGAUGGGUUCACUUUUGUUGCCCUGUUGUCUGCAUUUUCAUCAUUGAAUGAUCAUAGGAUAGGAAAAGAUAUUCAUGGUUUUGUCUAUAGGAACCUGCGUUGUCUUGACGCUAAUGUACUGACUGCUAUUCUUCAUUCGUAUGCGAAAUCCGGGUUGAUGGAUUUGGCUGAGAGGGUGUUCAGUUCAAUGCCAAGUAACAAAAGUACCGCAGCUUGGAGUUCCCUGGUAUCGGGAUAUGCUCGAUGUGGAGAAACUGAGGCUGCUAGGAAAAUGUUUGAUCAGAUGGAGCAACGGGAUCUAAUCUGUUGGACGGCUAUGAUUAGUGGUUAUUUGCAGUACAGUACAGCGAAGCAUUGGAGCUUUUUAAGCAGAUGGAAGAUUUGGGAAUACGAUCCGACGAAUGUACUAUGGCUACUGUUCUUUCAGCCUGUGCCAGAGUUGGAGCACUUAGUUUAG